GACAAAAAGAAUAAUCGGCUAGACGUAGUGCGUUCAUUUUCGCUAUUUUUCUGUUAAAAAGUGACUUUUUCUUCUUCUGUUCGUGCUGUGAAUAUUUCUAGUUUAUAUACUUUAUAGGAGAAACUAUUUCCUUUAUUAUUUCACCGAGUUGAACAACGAAAAAACUAAACGAAUUUUGGGCAAACUCAACGUGAAUUCGGGCGUCGACCGGUCCUCCCUCCUACCCGUGAAUAACCGUCGCUCGGCAGUCGCACUCGUCAUUUUGUCCGUAUUAUCGCUGUGCGCGGUCACGGCACUGGGAGAGUACAACGCGGCGGUGGUAUUUUCGAGUGUUGUGAGGUGCAGUGUCGGUCUGUGUGACCGUUUAAUGUGGUAUCCAGUGCCGGUGUUAGGUUAUCUAGAGUCGGGUCGCGCGGCGUGAUCGGGCGCGAUGGUGGACAUGGACAGAAACGACCCUGAGCUCCGGUACCUCUCGGUGGAUCGGAAUAGCUUCAACGACCCGGCUACGCAGGCGGAAUGGACGCAGAAGCGGCUGGUGUGGGUGCCCCACGAGACCCAAGGGUUCGUGGCGGCUGGGAUCAAGGGGGAACGGGGAGAUGAAGUGGAAGUGGAGAUCGCGGAGUCGGGGAAGAGGAUGCUGGUGCCCAUCGACGACAUCCAGAAGAUGAACCCUCCCAAGUUCGACAAAGUGGAGGACAUGGCGGAGCUGACCUGCCUGAACGAAGCAUCUGUUCUGCACAACAUCAAGGACAGAUACUACUCCGGCCUCAUCUAUACAUACUCCGGCCUCUUCUGCGUGGUCGUGAACCCGUAUAAGAAGCUGCCGAUCUACACGGAGAAGAUCAUGGAGAGGUAUAAAGGCAUCAAGCGACAUGAAGUACCCCCACACGUCUUCGCCAUCACAGACACAGCGUAUCGCUCCAUGCUACAAGACCGGGAAGACCAGUCGAUCCUCUGCACAGGAGAAUCAGGCGCCGGUAAGACUGAGAACACGAAAAAGGUGAUCCAAUACCUCGCGUACGUCGCCGCUUCCAAACCCAAAGGAUCUGGAGCGGGACCGACACCACAAUUGAUCAUAGGUGAAUUGGAGCAGCAACUACUUCAAGCGAACCCGAUACUUGAAGCUUUUGGUAACGCGAAGACGGUCAAGAACGACAACUCUUCCAGAUUCGGCAAGUUUAUAAGGAUAAACUUCGACGCGUCGGGCUUCAUUGCGGGCGCGAACAUCGAGACUUACCUCUUGGAGAAAUCCAGGGCGAUCAGACAGGCCAAGGAUGAGAGGACGUUCCACAUCUUCUACCAGCUGCUGGCUGGAGCCACAGCACAGCAACGCGCGGAGUAUAUCCUCGAGGACCCCAAGAGCUACCCUUUCCUUACCAAUGGGGCUGUACCGAACUCCUUCUCAGUCCCCGGCAUCGACGACUCGGCUGAGUUCCAAGCGACUAUCAAAUCCAUGAACAUAAUGGGCAUGAACCAGGAGGACUUCAACUCGAUCUUCCGCAUCGUCUCCGCCACUCUGCUGUUCGGCUCCAUGCAGUUCAAACAGGAACGCAACUCCGACCAGGCGACGUUGCCUGAUAACACUGUUGCGCAGAAGAUCGCACAUCUACUCGGUCUAUCAGUAACAGAAAUGACUAAAGCGUUCCUGAAACCCAGAAUCAAGGUGGGCCGCGACUUCGUCACGAAAGCGCAGACGAAGGAGCAAGUAGAGUUCUCAGUGGAAGCCAUCGCCAAGGCUUGCUACGAGCGCCUAUUCCGGUGGCUCGUUAAUAGAAUCAACAGGUCUCUGGACAGGACCAAGAGACAAGGAGCCUCUUUCAUCGGCAUCCUCGAUAUGGCCGGCUUCGAAAUCUUCGAACUCAACUCCUUUGAGCAACUCUGCAUUAACUACACGAACGAAAAGCUCCAGCAACUCUUCAAUCACACCAUGUUCAUCCUAGAACAGGAGGAGUACCAACGUGAAGGCAUCGAGUGGAAAUUCAUCGAUUUCGGACUCGAUCUGCAGCCAACGAUCGAUUUGAUCGACAAGCCUAUGGGUAUCAUGGCGCUUCUAGAUGAGGAGUGCUGGUUCCCCAAGGCCACAGACAAGACUUUCGUCGAGAAACUGGUGUCGGCUCACUCCGUCCACCCCAAAUUCAUGAAGACUGACUUCCGUGGCGUAGCGGAUUUCGCCAUCAUCCACUACGCGGGCAAGGUGGACUAUUCCGCCGCCCAGUGGCUCAUGAAGAACAUGGAUCCUCUUAAUGAAAACGUCGUCUCUUGCCUGCAAUCCUCACAGGACCCCUUCGUCUGCCACAUAUGGAAGGACGCCGAAAUAGUCGGCAUGGCGCAACAGUUGACAGACACGCAGUUUGGCGCGAGAACCCGCAAGGGCAUGUUCAGAACCGUCUCCCAACUUUACAAGGAGCAACUGACCAAACUGAUGGCAACACUCAGAAAUACCAACCCGAACUUCGUGCGGUGCAUCAUCCCGAACCACGAGAAGAAAGCUGGGAAGAUCGAGGCGCCCUUGGUGCUCGACCAGCUGAGAUGCAACGGUGUGCUGGAGGGUAUUAGGAUAUGUCGGCAAGGUUUCCCGAAUAGGAUUCCGUUCCAGGAGUUCAGGCAGCGUUACGAGCUGCUUACACCAAACAUCAUUCCCAAGGGCUUCAUGGACGGGAAGAAGGCAUGCGAGCAGAUGAUUGAAGCAUUGGAACUUGACCACAAUUUGUACCGAGUGGGGCAGUCGAAGAUCUUCUUCCGCGCGGGAGUGUUGGCUCAUCUCGAGGAGGAGAGAGAUUACAAGAUCACGGAUCUGAUCGUGAACUUCCAGGCCUUCUGCCGAGGGUACCUGGCCAGGAGGAACUACCAGAAGCGGCUGCAGCAGCUCAACGCCAUCAGGAUCAUCCAGAGGAACUGCGCUGCUUAUCUCAAGCUUCGGAACUGGCAGUGGUGGCGGUUGUAUAUUAAGGUGAAACCGCUGCUAGAAGUGACGAAGCAAGAAGAGAAGCUGACUCAGAAGGAGGACGAGCUCCGACAGAUCCGCGACAAGCUGGACACUCAGAUGAAGAGGUGCCAGGAGUACGAGCACAAGUUCCAGCAGGCCAGCGCGGAGAAGACCCAGCUCGCUGAACAGCUGCAGGCGGAACUGGAGCUAUGCGCGGAGGCAGAGGAGUCCCGCGCACGCGCCGCGGCCCGCAAGCAGGAGCUGGAGGAGCUGCUGCACGACCUGGAGGGCCGCAUCGAGGAGGAGGAGGAGCGCUGCGGCGCGCUGCAGCAGGAGAAGAAACGCCUGCAGCUCAAUAUACAGGACCUAGAAGAGCAGCUGGAAGAAGAAGAGGCAGCUCGACAGAAGCUGCAGCUGGAGCGGGUACAGUGCGACGCCAAGCUGAAGAAGCUGGAGGAAGACCUGGCGCUCAGCGAGGACACCAACCAGAAGCUCGUCAAGGAGAAAAAGCUCUUGGAAGAAAGAGCGAACGACCUGUCGCAAGCGUUGGCAGAGGAAGAAGAGAAGGCGAAGCAUUUGAGCAAACUGAAGGCGAAACAGGAGUCCGCCAUCGCCGAGCUCGAGGAGAAACUGCUCAAGGACCACCAGCUGCGUCAAGAAACAGACCGCGCCAAGCGCAAAUUGGAGACGGAGUUGCAAGAUGUGAAGGAGCAGUUAGCAGAGAGGAAGGCGCAACUCGACGAGCUGCAGAUCGUGCUCGCGAAACGCGAGGAAGAGCUAGCGUCAGCGAUCAGCCGCGCCGACGAGGAGGGCGCCUUGCGCGCGUCCGCGCAGAAAGCCGCCCGGGAGGCCGAGUCCGCGCUGGCAGACGCACACGAGGACCUGGAGGCCGAGCGGGCCGCCAGAACCAAGGCCGAGAAACUGCGACGAGACCUUAACGAGGAGCUUGAGGCCCUCAAGAGUGAAUUGUUGGAUUCGCUUGAUACUACUGCUGCCCAACAAGAGCUCCGUUCGAAGCGCGAGCAAGAGGUGGCAGUUCUUAAGCGGUCUCUAGAGGAAGAGGCGGCGUCCCACGAAGCCGUGCUCACCGAGCAACGGCACAAGCACUCGCAGGAGCUGCAGCAGCUCAACGAGCAGCAUGAGCAGAUUAAGAAGGCGAAGGCUGCUCUGGAGAAAGCGAAGCAGACCCUGGAGGCGGAGAACGCGGACUUGGCGACCGAGUUGAAGAGUGCCAGCGCGGCGCGGGCCGAGGGCGAGCGGCGCCGUAAGCAGGCCGAGGCGCAGCUGGCCGAGCUGGCCGCCAAGCUGCAGGAGAACGAGCGCGCCAGAGUGGAGGUGUCGGAGAAGUGCGUCCGCCUGCAGAGCGAGGCGGAGCAGGCGCUGGCGCAGCUGGAGCAAGCCGAGCUCAAGGCCUCCGCCGCCGCCAAGCACGCCGCCACGCUCACGGCGCAGCACUCCGAGGCCCAGGCACUACUAGAAGAAGAGACAAAGCAGAAGCUAGCGUUGCAGACGCGCCUGCGCAGUGUGGAGCAGCAGCUGGAACAGGCGCGCGACCAGCUGGACGAGGAGGAGGAGGCCAAGAGGAACUUCGAGAAACAGGUGGCAGCGCUGACUCAGCAAGUGGCCGAUGCGAAGAAGAAGGCAGAAGAGGAAGCUGAAGCGGCCGCGGCGCUGGAGGAACAACGCAAGAAGCUCAGCAAGGACAUGGAGGCUCUCUACCGGCAGAUCGAGGAGCUACAGCAGGCCAACGACAAGCUGGACAAGAGCAAGAAGAAGAUACAAGCGGAGUUGGAGGACACCAACAUCGAGCUGGAGGCGCAGCGCGCCAAAGUGCUUGAGCUUGAGAAGAAACAGAAAAGCUUCGAUAAGGUGGUGGCGGAGGAGCGCGCGGUGGCGGAGCGCUACGCGGCGGAGCGCGACCAGGCGGAGCGCGAGGCGCGCGACAAGGAGACGCGCGUGCUGUCGCUCACGCGCGAGCUGGACGACGCCGCCGAGAAGAUCGAAGAAUUAGAACGCACGAAGCGCCUCCUACAGUCAGAGUUGGACGAACUAGCCAACACUCAAGGAACAGCUGACAAGAACGUCCACGAACUGGAGAAGGCCAAGCGCGCCCUGGAGUCGCAACUAGCAGAGUUGAAGGUCCAGAACGAAGAGAUAGAAGACGACCUCCAGCUCACCGAGGACGCGAAGCUGCGUCUGGAAGUGAACAUGCAAGCCAUGAGAGCGCAGUUUGAACGGGAUCUGCAGGCUAAAGAUGAAGCAGGCGAGGAGAAGCGGCGCGGCAUCGUGAAGCAGCUGCGCGACGUGGAGGCGGAGCUGGAGGAGGAACGCAAGCAGCGCGCCGCCGCCGCCGCCACCAGGAAGAAGCUGGAGGCCGACCUCAAGGACGCCGAGCAGGCGCUGCACCUCGCCAACAAGCUAAAAGACGACGCGACGAAGCAACUAAAGAAGCUGCAGCAGCAACUGAAGGAGGCGGUGCGCGAGGCGGAGGAGGCCCGCGCCGGCAAGGAGGAGGCCGUGACGGCGGCGCGCGAGGCGGAGCGCCGCGUCAAGGCGCUGGAGGCCGAGGGCGUGCAGCACGCCGAGGAGCUGGCGGCCGCCGAGCGCGCGCGGCGCCAGGCCGAGGCCGAGCGGGACGACCUCAUGGACGAGCUCAACAACAGCGCCAGCAAGGGUACAUUGCUGGUGGACGAGAAGAAACGCCUGGAGGCGCGGAUAGCGGCGCUGGAGGAAGACUUGGAUGAGGAGCAAUCCAACAACGAGAUACUCAACGACAGGCUCAGGAAAGCACAGAACCAAAUCGACCAGGUGACGAUGGAGCUGGGCACGGAGAAGGCGGCGACGCAGAAGCUGGAGUCGGGCAAGCUGGUGCUGGAGCGACAGAACAAGGAGCUCAAGGCCAAGCUGGCCGAGCUGGAGACCGCGGCGCGGACCAAGACCAAGGGCCUGAUCACGUCGCUGGAGCUGAAGGUGGCCAACCUGGAGGAACAGCUGGAGGCGGAAUCCCGCGAGCGCCUGGCGCAGCAGAAGGCGUCGCGCAAGCUCGACAAGAAGAUGAAGGAGCUGGCGCUGCAGCUCGACGAGGAGAGGCGACACGCCGACCAGUACAAGGAGCAGAUUGAAAAGAUCAACGUGCGCGUGAAAGCAUUGAAGCGCCAGCUGGACGAGGCGGAGGAGGAGGUGCAGCGAGAGAAGGUCGGCAAGAGGAAGGCGCAGCGCGAGCUGGAGGACAUGCUCGAGACGCACGAGACCCUCGCGCGGGAGUGCAACAACCUCCGGAACAAGCUCAGGCGGCAGGGCGGCGGCGCCAUCGGGCUGUCGGGCGCGUCGUCGUCGUCGCGCAUGAAGCGCGCGUCGCUGGCGCCCGGCGCCGCCGGCUCCGGGGACGAGUCCCUCGACGACGUCAACGACACCACCAACAGCGUCGAGUAGCGCGCACCAGGGACGCGCACGACACCACGCACCACUAGAUAGAACACCAACAGCCACAAAUAAUCAAAUCUAUAAGACGGCUGUAUUAGUCAUCUCUCCCCGAUAAAAUCCAAUAACGCCGUCUUGUUAAAUCAUGUGUAUUUAUGCCAAUUUUUAAAAAUGGGUUGUUUUAAAAGUCUCGUGCGCAUUUUAUGUUCCGUGUCGGUGUUGCCAUAACGUGUCGUGAAGGAGAUUGUAUGGAACGAUAGGCCAAGUAACUGCUUGCGAGCUGCGACCGCGUCGGCUUGUACCCCUGUCAACUAUCAAUGUUUGUAAUUUAUACCCUCGAUGAAAUUUUUUGAGUACAUUUAUAAUGCGGGUGCUCAAUUUUUAUAAAAUAGCAUUUAACAGUCGAAUCUCUGCAUGAAACUAUUGGAGCAUUUUUCACAGUAUUAAACGAAACAUUCCUAACAAUCGAGAGUUUUCAGUUUUACUUAGACGUAGUCGAUGUAAAAUGUUAAAUUACUCAUUGGGUGAUAUUGUAAUGAAAUUAAUAAGGAAGACAAAGUAUUAUUAAUUGUGGCAAAAAGUGAUUAUAAACAGCAUUUGCAUUUAGCGACUGAACUAAAGACUGUUUGCUGCGACAAUACUUAUCCUCGCGAUCAGGCCCCAUCCGCAGUCCCCGCGGCUGGGCUCGGCCGCCUGCCCCGUACUUACGCCCCCGGCCCGAGGGACCGCUCCUACCACCUCCCCCUCCUCCCGCGGCCCUCGUCCGGGCGGCCCCCUCUAGGCGCGCCCGCUCAGCCCCCAGACCUACAACAUGUAAAUAAUGUCAGUGUCCCACUGACCGCUUAGUUGCCAUACAAAUUUUAAUAUAGUUGUAAGUAAGGACAUUGUAAGCUUUCGGUGUGGGCACACGAGGCGAUGGAUUCGGACUAAUGUGAAAAAUGUUCGGUACAAUUUUUAUACGUUUAGAACAACCGGAAUGUGUCGUCGCGUGUGUCGUAGAUGUUUUACAGAUUUUAAUUCCCCUCCCGAUUCUUACGCCCGAUGUCUUCGCGAGUCCCCGCGAGGUCCAGCGGUAAAAUUGCCCCCUGUACGGCCUCGCGGCUGUAAAUUAGUAGUUCCACGCCGGACCAGCGUGCCAAGCGGAGGUGCGCUAGAUCACGGCUUGCUUCGCUCUAGACUAUAAGACUCGUAGUAAUAAAUUGUGGCCUUAGGUUUUUUAUCGUGGACUUAUACGUAACGACGCUCUGCCUCGCGUAUCGGAGGCCUAACAACUUUGAUAGAGAAACUGUUUGUAUCUUUGCGAGCAUUUUAUAUGACUAUUUACCGAGUCUAAUUGUAAUGACCUCCUCUUUUUUAAUUAUAUAGUUUUUCUGAAUAAUAAUAUAAAAUUUAAAUGUAAGUAAACCAUUGAAGCAUAAACAUAUUUUACAUAAAUAUUAUAUUUAAUUAUUAACAUAUUGAUAAUUGUAAAAUUGGCCAUAGGUUGUAACAUGUUAUCAGUUGGUAUGCCAAUUAAACAAUUUUUCAUGAUUUUUA